AUGGCCGACCAAGAACCCCUUAAAGGCUUCUCCAGCCUGACAACAUCCACCCACACAACACCCAGCGGCUCCCUCCUCUCCUUCUCCCACACGCCCGCCUCGCAGCACAAGCCCGGCGCCCCCAUCCUGCUGCUCCUCCACGGUUGGCCGCAGUCGCGCUACAUGUGGCGCUACGCCAUCCCGCCGCUCGCCGAAAAGGGAUACACGCUCUUCGUGCCCGACCUGCCCGGCUACGGCGACAGCACCCUUGCCACAAAGGCCGGCGCCUCGGGAUCGAAGCAUGACCGCGCGACGGUGGGGGAGUCUCUCCUCUCGGCCGUGCGCUCCGUCUACGCCCCCGACAACACCCCUUCCUCAGCAACAGCAGCCGAAGAGACGGAACUCAACAUCAUUCUCGUAGGCCACGACCGCGGCGCGCGCGUAUCCCAGCGCCUAUCCACCACCCCGCCUCCCCCCGACCUUAACACAAACACUAAAAUCCGCAUCCUCGGCACCAUGCUCAUCGACAUCGUGCCCUACACGACGCAAUGGGCCAACGCGGCCGCCAACCCGCGCGCCGCGACGUCCUACUUCCACUGGUCGUUCCUGCCCAACGCCGCCCUCAGCAGCGCCAUGAUCAAGGCCUACGGCGGCGCGCGCUUCUGCCGCGCCAUGAUGGCGCGGUCCACGGGGACCAACGCUCCUGGUGUAGAAUCGCUGCACGCGGACGGCGCCGUGGACCGGUAUGCGGAGCUGUACGAGCGCGAGGCUGUGAUCGAGGGUGCUAGUGCGGACUAUGCCGCUGGCGCGGCGGAGGACUGGGAGGCGGAAAGGGGGGAUCGGGAGGCGGGACGAGGGAUGGGGGGGUUAGUUUAUGUGGUUUAUAGCGAGGGGUUCUUGGGCCGCGUGCAUGGGGCUUCCGAGGAGAUUUGGAAGGGGUUUGUGGGGGACGGGGGGAGGUUGGAGACGCAUGGGGUUGGGGAGGGGUUUGGGCAUUAUUUGCCGGAGGAGGCGCCGGAGGUGGUUAAUGGGCAUAUUGGGAGGUUCUUGGGGGAGUUGGGGGUGUAG